AUGAAUACUGCCAGUAACACUAAUUCCCAAGACCAAUAUAACGAGAUAGACGAUGAAAUUGGACCGCGCCAAGAUCGCUGGAUCGGACCAGAAGAAGAUUCCGAUGGAAUUGACGGAGAUGAUGAUGAUGAUGAUGAUGAUGAUGAUGAUGAUGAAGAAGAAGGAGAAGAAAUAGCAAUAGAGUAUUAUCAAGGGACAAUUAACUCGAAUGAUCAAUCAUCAGACCUCUCUAAUGAUAGUCAUUUCAAUAAUAACCCCCGGUCAGAUGAUAGGUUACUGCGGAAUAUAUCCCAUAGUAUGGCUUCCUCGAUCAUUGGGGGUUCUUCUUUACAAAACCGCACCACCAUCCUUGAAGAAGACAAUGAAUCCGAAGAAGAAGAUAAUGAUGAUCAUGAUGAGGAUCAACCAAUACAAAUGCGUCCACAACGAAGAUUCACCGCCCUUGAUACGGGAUAUUUGAAAAAUAUCAAAGUAAAAGGUACAUUGAGGAACUUUUCCUGGUCAAAAGUCCUGUCCACCACGGUUUCAACGAUUAAAAGAUCUCAUACUUCUAGUGAUAUUCCUUCUUCCACAAAUAUUGUUGUUGAUGCUGAUGAUGCUGAUGAUGAUGAUGAUAAUAAUAAUAAUAUUAACGAGGGUCCCAAAGUGUUUUCUUUUUCAUUACCCUUUGGUGAUUCUUUAAUGAACAUGUUGCCGAGCUCGGUUAGGAUCUUGCCGAAAUUAAAAUUUUUCAAUAACGACAGCUCAAUCAGAUUCAUCAACACCCAGAAUUAUGAUAUCAAAGAACUCAAGCAAAAAGUCCAAAGAAAAAAUUCGUUGUCAACUCUUGAAGAGGCGUACCUUUAUAAGAAUUUCAAAGGCGCCGAUAACUCACGUCUACGAGCCGUUAGAAAAGCGUUGACCCCCAACAUUGCCAUCGAUGCCAUGAAUUAUAUAAGCGAUAAGAAGACCGCGAUUAAAGGUACUCUACCAUUGACCAAUUCAAUGAACGAUAUCAUCAAUCAACGGAUCAAGGACAGGAUCUAUUAUUCCGACACGAUUUUCGACGAGCUCGAAGGAGACAUUGUGAUUUUGGGAGGGUAUCGGGGAAGUAUUUUACGAGAUCGAGAAACCAAUCGUAGGUUAUGGAUCCCCAUCAAAGUUGGUUUGAAUUUACGGAAAGUUGAUUUAGUGGUGGGUCCGGAAGACGCCGACGAAUAUGAAAUGGAACAGAAAAUUUACGCCGAUGGGAUGUUGAAAAACGUUGGACCGAUUGAUAUUUCCAAAAAACUUAUCAAGAAAUUGAGCUCGGCUGCCGAUGGUCGCAGAAGGGUCCAUGAAUUCGGUUACGACUGGAGAUUAUCAUUGGAUAUAUCUUCGGCGAGGUUCAAGACGUUUUUGGAGUCGUUACCGAGUAAUCAAGGGCCUCGCGAGAAAAGAAAAGGGGUGCUUGUGCUUGCGCAUUCCAUGGGUGGGUUGGUGGCCCACCACGUAAUGAAUCAAGAUCCGACAUUGUUUAAUGGGUUAGUGUAUAUUGGCACUCCGUCAGAAUGUCUUAACAUCUUGGGUCCUAUCAGAUUUGGUGAUUCGGUAUUAUUGAGUAAACAGAUCUUGACUGAUGAAGCGAAUUUUCUCAUGAGAUCGAGUUUUGCAUUUUUGCCACGCCAUGGCAAUGUCUUUUGGGACAAGAAUGUGGGAGAGUUUAUAAAUUUGGAUUUAUUCAAUCCUGACACUUGGGUGAAUUAUAAUUUAUCGCCGUUGGUGAGCUCGAAAAGAAAGAAGGCUGAAGCAGAGUUUGAAAAAUUAUGGAAAGAAAAAGAGGUGAUGAUGGUGCGGAAAAGUGACACUUGUACUGGUAGUCCAACCAGUGGGUUCGAAGUUUCUGAGACCAAGACAAGUAAUUUGGAAACGAUAAAGCUGUCAUCAUCACCGAUUAAGAUCGCAUCAUCGAUUGAAAAUAAACUUUUACCAAGGAUUAGCAAGCCGGAUAUUAUUAUACCGGCAUCAUCGACAUCGACCUCGGCCUCGUUGACCUCGGCGACCCCCAGUAUUUCACCAAAAAGGUCAUUAGAAAUGCCAUAUUUCCCUGCCAAACAGCGGGAAGCCGCCACGGUGGCGACGCCGAAAAGUUAUAGAAUGACGUGGGAGCAAUCGUACGAUUAUUUAUCGCGAACCCUUUCACGGACUGCGAAAUUCUUGGACGAGCUUAAGUUUAAUCCUGAUCUCAAGGAACAAUAUCCUCCAUUAUCGGUAUUGUACGGUAAUGCUGUGCCUUCGGUGCGUGGGGUAUUUGUCGAUGGGGAAAAAGAUAUUAUGGAAGGGAACUAUGAGGAUUUUUUCUUUGGGCCGGGGGAUGGAGUGAUCCAUCAACGUUGGUUAAUGCCUGAGAACAUUGAAGGGUUUGGAAGUUUGGUGGUGGAGAAGAUUUCCAGUGAUUUGGGGCAUGUUAGUUUGAUGCUUGAUAUUGAGAGUGUUGGAAGAGCGAUCAGUGCGGUGUGGAAGGAAAGAAAAAAAAAAAAAAAAAUGACUGCUGUGAGAUUGGGUGAUCAAUAA